UCUCCGCCGGCUUCCCACUCUGGAGGCCAGGGCGCGGGGCGCUCCCACUGCGCGUGCGCCCUCCGGCGGGACGCCCCCCGCGCCCCUCCCCCUGCGGCCGGACUUGGUACAGCCGCGACGGCGGUUGGCGUCCUCCGCGGCUCAGGCGAGCGGCGGGAUUUUCAAAUCUUACCCGUGGAGGAGUGGCGGCGGCCCCGGCUGUGGCGCAGGAGAUGGAGGGACAGACCGUGAGGGGUCCCGAGCUCCGCCUGGCGGGCCUUCCUGCCCAGCAGGAUUGCAGCAUUCAAGAAAAAAUAGAUUUAGAAAUUCGAAUGAGAGAAGGAAUAUGGAAACUCCUUUCUCUGAGCACUCAGAAAGACCAGAUCUUGCAUGCAGUUAAGAAUCUCAUGGUAUGCAAUGCUCGAAUAAUGGCUUACACAUCGGAGCUACAGAAAUUAGAAGAACAGAUUGCAAAUCAGACUGGAAGAUGUGAUGUGAAUUUUGAAAGUAAAGAACGAACCGCUUGUAAAGGAAAGAUUGCCAUAUCAGAUAUACGAAUACCACUAAUGUGGAAAGACUCUGAUCACUUCAGCAAUAAGGAACGAUCACAGCAGUAUGCCAUUUUCUGUUUGUUCAAAAUGGGAGCUGAAGUUUUUGAUACUGACAUGGUGAUUGUGGAUAAAACUAUCACAGAUCUAUGUUUUGAAAAUGUAACUAUAUUUAAUAAAGCAGGGCCAGACUUUCAGAUAAAGGUGGAGGUUUACAGCUGCUGUACAGAAGAAUCUUCUAUAACCAACACACCAAAAAAACUAGCUAAGAAACUGAAGACAUCUAUAAGUAAAGCUACAGGGAAGAAAAUAAAUUUGGUGCUUCAAGAAGAUCAUGAAACAUGCUCAUCCUACAGUUCUCCUAUUUUUGCUGCAAAGUAUAAUUUGCUAGCUCAUACAACUUUGACCUUGGAAAGUGCUGAGGAUAGCUUCAAGACCCAUAAUCUGUCUAUUAAUGGAAAUGAGGAGUCUUCAUUUUGGCUUCCCUUAUAUGGCAACAUGUGCUGCCGCCUAGUUGCCCAGCCAGUGUGUAUGGCUGAGGAUGCGUUUGCAGGAUUUCUUAAUCAGCAGCAAAUGGAAGAAAGCCUAAUUAGUUGGAGAAGGUUGUAUUGUGUUUUAAGAGGGGGUAAACUCUAUUGCUUUUAUACUCCAGAAGAAAUUGAAGCUAAAGUGGAACCAGUUUUGGUAGUGUCCAUUAACAAGGAAACCAGAAUUCGGGCAAUGGAUAAGGAUACCGAGAAAAAAAUUCAUAAUUUCUCUGUCAUCAACCCUGUUGCUGGACAGGCUGUAACUCAUAUCUUUGUAGCAGACAAUAGAGAAGAUCUUCAGAAAUGGAUGGAAGCCUUCUGGCAACAUUUCUUUGAUCUUAGCCAAUGGAAGCAUUGUUGUGAAGAACUUAUGAAAAUUGAGAUUAUGUCACCACGGAAACCACCUUUGUUCUUGACAAAAGAGGCGACCUCAGUCUACCAUGAUAUGAGCAUUGAUUCACCUGUAAAACUUGAAAGUUUGACUGAUACAAUACAAAAAAAACUUGAAGAGACAAAUGGACAGUUUCUUAUUGGUCAGCAUGAAAACUCCUCACCACCUCUUUGGGCCAGCCUCUUUGAUGGUAAUCAUCAAGUGGUUAUCCAGAAAAAGGUAUUAUCUCCUGCAAGUAACCAGCUACAUGAUGGGAAAGGGAAAAAAAGACGUGCUCCCCUUCCUCCUUCUGAUAAAGCUCCAUUCAGCUUAAAAACACAGAGUAACCCAGAUCAAUUGGUUAAGGACAACUGGGAAAAAACAAGUGUAUCUUGGACCUCGCCUUUGGAUACCAAAUUAUCAACCCUAAUGCACCACUUACAGAAACCGAUGGCUGCUCCUCGAAAACUCCUUCCUGCCAGGAAAAAUAAUUUAAAUGAUGAUAGUGAACACAUAGACACUAAAACCAAUUUUGAAGCCAAGCCAGUGCCAGCUCCAAGGCAGAAAUCUAUCAAAGACAUUUUGGACCCUAGAUCAUGGUUGCAGGCACAAGUAUAGAAAACUCUUAAUGUAUAAAGCAUUUAACAAAACCCAUACUGUUAGGCUUAAUUCAGAAGCACUAGAGAUAUAGUAAUAUGUAAUUAUGUUGGUAAAUAUGAUAGUGACUUACAUCAAUAAUUAAUAAGCUAUGAGGCCUAAAAAAUGCUUUAUAAUGAAGAAUUGGAUUUCUCUUUUACUUCUGAUCUUUGGAAUAUAAGUGAUUUCCCUGGUAGAGUGCAAGAGGCAGUUUCAGACAAUAUCCUAAUUGUUUGAAGGGUUAAUUUAUUCCUAAAUUAGUGCCAGCAGUGAGCAAGCACUAGGCAGAAGAAGGCAUUAAAAUUUCUUUGGGGAGAGACUGUCUAGUAAUUUAAAAUGUGUUAAAUAUGAGCCAUAUUCUCAUUGUGAGAGUUUUAAUACUAAUGGAAUGUUUCAAAAGUUUUAUUCAAACCACAAAUUAUAGAAUCCACCCAAGAAAAUUUCUUCUUAGCAUUCUGGAAUUCUCAUCUAAUGGUUCACUGACUCUCAUCUAUUGUUUAACUCACUAGUUAACUCACUGACCUUUCAAAUUCCUGGGAUAAAUUUUGGAAUAUUAAAUUCUUCAUCUUUAAAGGGAAUUCAUAAUGUGUUAUUCAAAGUUGUUUCCUUGAUGAGCCCUGAAAUCCUGUUGACAUUAACUCUCAUAAGUGAAGCAUAACAUUUAUUAGUUUAGAGAAAAGGUAAAUGAAAUGUUCUCUAUUUCCACUUUUCUAUGCAUGGUGCUAAUUUCCAUUAUGACAUUGGAAUUUGGAGGAGUAGCUGAUUAACACCUUAAAAUUCAUUUAAUACUUAUUUAAAAAGCAGAUGGCUGAUUCAAAAAUAUCAGAAAAGUUGGCCAUGAUAAUAAUUUUCAGAAUUAAUCCUUUUAAAACAUUUUAAUUAAAUUUCCUUUUUCUAGUAAGGGUUGAUGUCUGCUAUUGAUAUUAUUCAUUAAAAGUCAUAUUCUUACAACAAUGACAUUGGAAUCAUUUCCAUAGGAGGUAAUUUCCAUAGCAACUAAUCAUUGUGACCUAAACAGGAUUAUGAAAUCAAGUGAGGAAUAAAUAGCGAGAGGAUGAAUACCUUAAAGGAACAAAAAAAUCCUUUUUUUAAAUAAUAAUGCUUCUUGUAAACAAGAGCUGAACAGUUUUAAAAAUCAAAUCAGAAUUUCCAAAUAAAACAGUUUCCAUAAGGUGUCAGCAACAGCUCAAAAAAUCUGAAAUCACACUGAACCCUAAAUGUCAUUGCAAGAAAUAAAAAUAUAAGAAUUAAAUUACUGCCCUGUGUAUAAUCUCUAGAGAUCUUUUUAAAGCUCAUGAGAACUCUAUUUGGUUCAGAACUACAUUAUUACAAAGUAAAAUGAACACUUGACAAAAAGUAACAUUAAUUUAAACGGAGCCUUUCAUUAUUUUUAGAUAGCAGUCUUUCUUCAUUUAUACAGAAUGAUGUAACUGCCAGGUUACUUUUGUGUUUGCCGGGGACUCCUCGUAAGAAUUGCAACUCGGGGGAGUAAUGAUACAAAAGGUCUCUUGUGACCGUCGACACCAUGAUAGACAUAGUAUUUGAUGAGAAGGAAGCCCCACGUGCCUGCCUUUAGAGGACAGUAGAGACAAUCACAUGCACGAAAACCUACAAAGGUACGAUUAAUUUGUUUUUUUCUAACGAGAAGACGCUCAUAAAUUCUGUUUUGGUUGCCAGUUCAGUAAAUGACAAUAUUAAAAUCUACAGGCUAUUAUUGUUUGAAUUUUUGUUUAUUUUUUAAACCUCAGCUGCUGUUUUUGACAGCAUUUGUGACUGUCAUUGCCACUAAAUUAUUGAGUUAGAAGAUGCUGCAGGCAAAAUUGUUUCUGAAACUGGCAUCUAAGCAUUUUUUUUUUUUUAGUCGAAGCCUUCCUUAUAACAACCAGUGUUAAAACUUCCAAAUUAUAUUCUUGUCAUUUCCUCAUGCAUAUUAUAUCAAGAAGGAUUUAAGGUGUACUGGAAAUAGAAUUUAUUCAUAGAGAAGCUACCUAGCAGUUGUGCCCUCAGUGGGACACUGAAACAAAGCUGAGGCCCUUCCUCCUAGAAAUAUUUAUGUGAAGCCUGACCAAGGACCACGGUUAUUCAGGCUAUUUCUGGGGCCCACCUUCCUGUAUGCUACAGAGCCUUUGGGAGCAGGCUGAAGGCUUCAGCUUCACUUCCUUUAACGUGGUGUUCAUUAAAUGUUAGUUCACUUCCCCCGAAAGGUUUAAUACAAAGUCGGGGCUCCCUCCCUUCCUUUUUUCCUUCUUACUCCCUUCCUUCCUUCCUUCCACAGUUAAAAAAAAUCUAAAAAUACUUAGUUAAACACUUUGUCAAGGAGUUCGUCAAAGAAGUAUUUGUUUUCUCAUUUCCUAAACCGGAAGUUUAUGACAGAUAAAAAUAUGUCAUGUAAUAAAAGACAUUUCAGCUUUUUAUGAGCUGCCUUCUCACA